GUCAAACAUUUUUGUUGAGAGAAAAAAUAGACAAAAAAAGGGAAAUAGGAGGAUUCAGUGGUGAGGAGAGAGAAAAUCAAUGGCGUCGAUUGUGCGGAACACCUUCAAGGCGAUCAAGGAGAAGGGUUUGGGCAACUUCCUUCGUGAGCUCAGAGAAGAAGGUUAUCUGAGAUGUCUACCGGACGGCAACCUUCUGCAAACCAAAAUCCACAAUAUAGGGGCAAAGGUUGUGGGCGUUGAUCAAUUUGGAAAUAAGUACUAUGAGAAUAUGAAUGUUCAAUAUGGAAGACACAGGUGGGUAGAAUAUGCAAGUAAAAACCGCUAUAAUGCUUCCCAAGUGCCACCAGAAUGGCAUGGCUGGCUUCACUACAUCACUGACCACACCGGGGAUGAGAUUCUUAUGCUAAAGCCGAGCAGGUAUGCCAUUGACCACAAGGAGAACUUCACUGGAGAGGGUGAUGAAAAAAUUUACCACUCCAAAGGCCACACUCUCAAUCCUGGGCAAAGGGACUGGACCAGGUACCAGUCAUGGCAACCUGGCAAGAGCUAAACUAUCUUCUUGUGCUCAUUUUUGCUUGGCGAGGUUUUUUUCUCCUGUUAAGCUACCUCCUGUGAUGAAUAAUACCCUGUUAUGCUAGGUCUACUAUGGUCAAAUGUUUGUUGUAACUAUAAGCAUAAAUCAGGCAAAUUUGAAAACACGGAUAAUUUUGUUGUUAUUCUGUUGUUUUAUAACGCGAUUAAUUGUAUGUGAACCUAGAGCCUUCUCUGUUUCAAUUCCGUAUUGCAAUUUGUUACUUGUGAUCGUUGUUGGAGAAUUUCUCAAUGUAAACACCUGCAUUGUGGCCAACUUGAUUCUUUUUCCA